AUGUUGGCUGCUCACUGCGGUGCCAUACGCCGCGCCGUCGCAACUCGGCACACACUGAAUGAACGGGUGGGGGUGGGGGAUCGACUGCCCUGCAGCGAGCCUGCCUCCCUGCCUGCCUUGCUGUGCUGCACGUCAUGCAUGACGACGACUGCUGCUCACUUUGUACUGCAACUCCCCUUUAUCUUCUGCAUUCUAUCGCUAUUGCAUCGCACGGUGCGCGUAGUAGUGUGGAUAGUGUAUAGCAAUACCCGCGGUGGGCGGAGCGUGGCGGCCGACGCGGCGAUGGAGAAACUGCUGACACGCAUCGGGCUGCUCAGCAGCACGCGAUCGGGCAGUAGCGGCGACUGGAGCAGCGGCAGCCUCACCUCCUCCAGCAGCGCCAACGCAGCAGCAGCAGCAGCAGCAGCAGCAGCAG